GGGCCCAUUCGACCAGACACGCUCACCAUGGGCAAAGGCACGGACAAGCUCUACAUCACGCACUCGGAGUGGUCCUCGAGCGACUCGUUUGCAAACUCGCGCGGCGCAAACCCCAACGCUGCGUCUUCGUCGGGCCUCUCGUCGACCUUCCGCCGGCUUCCCUACAACUACUGCGCCGUCUCGCUCCAGCCCUUCACCGACCCCGUGUGCACGCCCUCGGGCACCAUCUUCGACCUCACGCAUAUCCUCACGUGGCUCACCAAGCACCCCGACACGUCGCCCACCGACGGCAGCCCGCUCAAGCGCGCUGACCUGGUCACGCUGCACUUCACCAAGAACGAAGACAACGAAUAUGUCGAUCCCGUCACGUACAAGGUCUUCACCGACAACACGCACAUCGUCGCAUUGCGGCACGGGCAGGAGGCGAAUGUGUUCGCGUGGGAUACCGUGGAGCGGCUGAACAUCAAGGCGAAGAAUUGGAGGGACCUGGUCAGCGAUGACGAGUUCACGCGGAAAGACAUCAUCACACUGCAGGAUCCGCAGAACAUCGAGAGUCGCGACUUUGGAAAGUACAAGAGCGUCAUCGACGGCGAGACGGUGGUGCCUGGGUCCGAAAGCAGCGUCAACACCGGCGCGCUGGGCAACGCGGCCAAGAUACUCAAGGCGAAGGAAGCAGUCGCAAAGGCGCGAGCAGAGCGGCAGGCGAAAGCGCAGGGCAAGACCACAACCGGCGCCCUCGCACCCACCUCGAAGAACGGCACCGCCGCGCAGUCCUCCACGACACAGAAGAAACCCGCCUACAAUGCCGCCGUCUACACCUCCGGCAAGGCCGCCGCAUCCUUCACCUCCACGGGCGUGACCCCACAUACUUCUGCCGAGCGCGCCCUCCUCUCUGACGAAGACUACAUGCUGCGCCCCAAGCGCGUCAAGCACAAAGGCUACGCGCGCAUGUCCACCUCCCUCGGCGACCUAAACCUCGAGCUGCUCCCGGAAUUCGCGCCCCGCGCUGUCUGGAAUUUCGUCCAGCUCGCCAAGAAAGGCUACUACCGCAACACCAUCUUCCACCGCAACAUCAAGGGCUUCAUGAUCCAGGGCGGCGACCCCACCGGCACAGGGCGCGGUGGGCAGAGCGUCUGGGGCAAGCCGUUUGAAGACGAGUUUGAUGGGCCGGAACGGCAUAACGUGAGGGGUGUGCUGAGCAUGGCGAAUAAGGGGAAGAACACGAACACCAGCCAGUUCUUCAUCACGUACCGCGCGGUCCCGCAUCUCGACCGCAAGCACACGGUCUUUGCGCGCGUUGUCGGCGGGCUCGACACCACGCUCAAGGCGAUGGAGCUCGCGCCCACAGGCGAAAAGGAUCGGCCGGAAGAAGACAUCGAGAUUAUGGAUGUCGUGGUCUUCGUAGAUCCGUUCGAGGAGUGGGCCAAGGAGCGCAAGGAGAAGGAACAGAAGGACAUCGAUGACGAGGAGAUACGCAAGCAGGGCGGCACCGCGGACGACAAGACGACGUGGACGGGCAAGCGGAUACGGGCUGACGGCAAAGUGGACGAGGCGAGCGGCGAGGGAGCGGGUAUCGGGAAGUAUCUCAAGGCUGCGAGGCAGGAGACCAAGGACGAGGACGAGAUUGUAGGAUUUGUCCAAGACGAGGAACCACCGCCGCCCAAAAAGAAGGCGCGGACUGGCGGGUUUGGGAAUUUCGAUGCUUGGUAGGCUCGUCAGAAGCGCUUUGAUUCUUUGUAGAAUAUAUGUGAUACCCAAUUACAGCAGCAGGG